ACGAACGUUUUCUUAAGCUUCCACGGCUCAGAGCGGGAGGGACUCAACUCGCGGAGGACUGGGUUUAAAAAGAGAGACGGGGAAGAGAAGAAAACGAGGAGUGUUCUCUGAGGGACCCGCUCUUUCCUUAGCAUAAACGCCGCAGAGUUUUAAAAUCCCCGACUCGAGCCUUAUAUAGGACAAGCAAGUCAUUUUGCUCCUUCUCCGGCUCGUGGCUUGUUCUAAACUUCAGGAGGAGGUCGGCAGGAUCGGAAAUCGGGUAGCUCUCCAAGGUUUCCCCUCCCCUUCCGUCCUCCCCUUAUGGAAAUCCAGGGGGGUUUCCCAGACUGUGGAAGCCUGGGUUGCUGGAGGUGGACGGAAAUCAGUGGGACUCGUUGCUGCCCGUGAGUCGCCACGAUCGCGCAAAAGCCGUUGCUCCCGUCGCUUGCUCGCUGCACGCUGUUCCCGAGGCCGCCAACUCGGAGCUGAGGCUAGCUGGAUUGUCUGCUUGUCUAGAAAGAGUCCCUUCGUGUCUGCUCGUCUCCCACUCCAGGGGCAACAGGAAACCAGUUUUGCUUGAAGACAGUAUCCAGGGAACCCAUUUCUGUCUCUGGGAGAUGCCUGCUGGUUGUUGCUAAGGUUGCAUCCACAGUAACAUGUGCAUCUUGUUUACACCUUCAUCGGAAGAAGUUGAGCUUGGCUAGUUCCACUGGUAUCACCUGGGGAGCAAGAGAAGGAAGUGCUGGUUCUGCAGUCUUGCAAUCUUACACUAGAUCCUCUUUCCUCCCUGAGGAGUUGUGUCUAGUCCCCUACCAAACACUGCACUGGACUGCAUUUCAUGUGGAGCUCCAAAAGUUGCAUUGCCUGCUCUGAUUUUAUAGAGGAAAGAGAUCUAGAGGUGAAAAGGGAGCACACAACUUUUUCUUGGGCUGUUUCCUCACUGAAUCCACUCCCUUGUUUUCAAGAUGACAAAUAACUCUGCAGAUCAUCAUCCUGGGAACUCUGUUGCAGAGGGCAGCUAUGAAGGGGACUUUGGCUGCUCUGUUAUGGACCUACGGAACCUUAUGGAACUUCGCAGUGCGGAGGCAGUGACCCGAAUAAAUGAUACCUAUGGGGGAGUGCAUAAUAUUUGCAAGAGGUUGAAGACCUCACCAAUUGAAGGCCUGUCUGGGAACCCAGCAGAUCUAGAAAAAAGAAGACAAGCAUUUGGCCAGAACUUCAUCCCACCCAAAAAGGCCAAAACCUUCCUGCAGUUAGUUUGGGAAGCAUUGCAGGAUGUCACGUUAAUCAUCUUGGAAAUUGCAGCCAUAAUUUCUCUGGGUCUCUCUUUCUAUCAUCCUCCUGAUGGCAACAAUGAAAUGUGUGGAGAAGCAAAGGGCAGUGCAGAAGAUGAAGGAGAAGCUCAAGCUGGCUGGAUUGAGGGAGCAGCCAUCCUCUUCUCGGUUAUUAUUGUGGUGUUGGUCACCGCCUUCAAUGACUGGAGCAAAGAGAAACAAUUCCGGGGUCUGCAGAGUCGCAUUGAGCAGGAGCAGAAGUUCACGGUCAUCCGUAAGGGACAGGUUAUCCAAAUUCCUGUAGCUGAGAUUGUGGUUGGGGACAUUGCUCAAAUCAAAUAUGGGGACCUGUUGCCAGCAGAUGGCAUUCUGAUCCAAGGAAAUGAUCUGAAAAUUGAUGAGAGCUCUCUGACUGGGGAGUCUGACCAAGUGAAGAAAUCUUUGGAUAAAGAUCCCAUGCUGCUUUCUGGUACUCAUGUAAUGGAGGGCUCUGGUCGAAUGGUGGUGACAGCUGUGGGUAUCAACUCACAAACUGGAAUAAUUUUUACUCUUCUGGGUGCUGGAGAAGGGGAUGAGGAGAAAAAGGUCAAGAAAGGUAAAAAAACCGGAGUCCCUGAAAAUCGCAACAAAGCCAAAACUCAGGAUGGUGUGGCCCUGGAGAUCCAACCGUUGAAAAGCCAAGAAGGGGUGGAAAAUGAGGAGAAGGAGAAGAAGAAGGUGAAGGUCCCAAAGAAGGAGAAAUCAGUGUUGCAGGGAAAGCUCACCCGCUUGGCAGUUCAGAUUGGAAAAGCAGGACUGAUUAUGUCAGCAAUCACAGUUAUUAUUUUGGUGCUGUAUUUUGUGAUCGACACUUUUGGGAUUCAAAGAAGACCAUGGCUGGCUGAAUGUACCCCCAUCUAUAUCCAGUACUUUGUCAAGUUCUUCAUUAUUGGUGUCACUGUGCUAGUAGUAGCUGUUCCUGAGGGCUUGCCCCUGGCUGUCACUAUCUCUUUGGCCUACUCUGUGAAGAAAAUGAUGAAAGAUAACAAUCUGGUUCGGCAUCUGGAUGCUUGUGAGACAAUGGGCAAUGCCACCGCUAUUUGCUCAGACAAGACUGGGACCCUCACCAUGAAUCGGAUGACUGUGGUGCAAGCUUAUGUGGGAGACACCCACUAUCGACAGAUUCCUGACCCAGAAGCUAUUCUGCCCAAGGUCCUGGACCUUAUUGUCAAUGGUGUUGCAAUAAAUUCAGCCUAUACCUCUAAAAUCUUGCCUCCAGAGAAAGAAGGGGGACUCCCACGUCAAGUUGGAAACAAGACAGAGUGUGGACUUCUGGGCUUUGUUCUGGACUUGAAACAGGAUUAUCAAGCUGUCCGUAGUGAAGUGCCUGAGGAAAAGCUGUAUAAGGUCUACACCUUCAAUUCUGUCCGCAAAUCUAUGAGUACAGUGCUAAAGAACCAAGAUGGGAGUUUUCGUAUGUACAGCAAAGGAGCCUCUGAAAUCAUCCUGCGCAAGUGCACAAAAAUUUUGGACAAGAAUGGGGAACCACGAUUAUUUAAAGUGAAGGACCGGGAUGAGAUGGUGAAAAAAGUGAUUGAACCAAUGGCUUGUCAGGGGCUGCGUACUAUUUGUCUGGCUUACCGGGAUUUCCCUGCUGGUGUUGAACCUAACUGGGAUGCUGAAAAUGAGGUUUUGUCUGACCUUACUUGCAUCACUGUUGUUGGCAUUGAAGAUCCUGUUCGUCCAGAGGUACCUGAGGCCAUUCAGAAGUGCCAGCGUGCUGGUAUUACUGUCCGGAUGGUUACAGGUGAUAACAUCAACACAGCACGUGCCAUUGCAACUAAGUGUGGGAUUUUGCUGCCUGGAGAGGACUUCCUGUGCUUGGAAGGAAAGGAAUUCAAUCGGCUCAUCCGCAAUGAGAAAGGAGAGGUGGAGCAAGAACAACUGGAUAAAAUCUGGCCUAAACUUCGAGUCUUGGCACGUUCUUCACCAACUGAUAAACACACCCUUGUGAAAGGAAUUAUUGACAGUACUGUUGUGGAACAGAGGCAGGUGGUAGCUGUGACUGGAGAUGGCACCAAUGAUGGCCCAGCCUUGAAGAAAGCAGAUGUUGGAUUUGCUAUGGGCAUUGCUGGCACAGAUGUGGCUAAGGAGGCUUCAGACAUCAUCCUGACAGAUGAUAAUUUUACAAGCAUUGUUAAGGCAGUGAUGUGGGGCCGCAAUGUAUAUGAUAGCAUUUCCAAAUUCCUGCAAUUCCAGCUGACAGUCAAUGUAGUGGCUGUGAUUGUGGCAUUCACAGGUGCUUGCAUCACACAGGAUUCGCCUCUAAAAGCUGUCCAGAUGUUGUGGGUCAACUUGAUCAUGGACACCUUUGCCUCAUUAGCUCUUGCCACAGAACCCCCUUCAGAGUCCUUGCUCCUGCGUAGGCCGUAUGGUCGCAACAAGCCACUAAUUUCCCGAACCAUGAUGAAGAACAUUCUGGGACAUGCUGUGUACCAGCUCACCAUUAUUUUCACAUUACUCUUUGCAGGUGAGAAAUUUUUUGAUAUUGACAGUGGCCGGAAUGCUCCCCUCCACUCCCCACCCACUGAGCAUUACACAAUUGUCUUCAACACUUUCGUCAUGAUGCAACUUUUCAAUGAAAUCAAUGCUCGCAAAAUUCAUGGGGAGAGGAACGUGUUUGAGGCCAUCUUCCAGAAUCCAAUCUUCUGUACAGUGGUGCUAGGAACCUUUGUUGCCCAGAUUAUUAUUGUGGAAUUUGGUGGCAAACCAUUUAGUUGUUCUGGACUUACCUUGAGUCAAUGGUUCUGGUGUAUUUUCAUUGGUGUAGGAGAGUUGCUUUGGGGACAGUUGAUCAGCUCUGUUCCAACAAAUCAACUGAAGUUCCUGAAAGAGGCUGGACAUGGGAUUACCAAAGAAGAUAUUCCAGAAGAGGAGUUGCCUGAGGGUAUAGAUGAAAUUGACCAUGCUGAAAUGGAGCUCCGGCGGGGACAAAUCCUGUGGUUCCGUGGUCUCAACAGAAUACAGACUCAGAUGGACGUAGUUUACACAUUCCAGACCGGCGCCUCCUCUUUACAGGGAGCCCUCAGGAGACAGCCUUCCAUCGUGAGCCAACACCACGAUAUCAAAGUGGUGAAUGCGUUCCGUAGCUCCCUGUAUGAAGGCCUCGAGAAACCCGAAUCCAGAAGCUCCAUUCAUAACUUCAUGACUCAUCCAGAGUUCAUCCUCGAGGAAGACGAGCCUCAGACCCCAUUCCUCGAUGGCACUGAUGAAGACUUGGAAGCUGAAGAACUUAAAAAGCAAAGUGAGGAGAGCCCAGGGGAGUCCUCACCCCUUAACACAAAUAACAAUGCAAUGGACAGCAAUAUAGCUGAGGACACCAUGCCAGAGCCAGAAAGCCCUUUACACAGCUUGGAAACAUCAGUUUGAUCUCUGAACUUUGACCCUCCUGCUUCCCCUUUCUCUAGGCAACAUAGGCACCAAUAUCUGACCGUAUACUGCAGCUACAUUGGCCACUUUCCUCUCUAUCCUCUUUAUGAUUUCUUGGCUGCAGGAAUCAUGUUACCACCUGGGUAGAGUUGGAUUUUCAAGCAAAUUGUUUGGCAGAGGUACCUCCCUCAUGAACUCACCAGUAUGAUCAUCAUCUUCUCAAGUUGGGUACCACAUGUCGGUAGUAGUGAUUUUUCUUCUUGCUCAAGUUACAUGCUUAAAUAGAGAAACUCUAGAUUCCCUGUAAAAGUUUGACGUAUAGCAUCUGUGGCACAGUUAUGAGAUACCUCCUUAAUUUUUGUUUAUGGAAUCAGAAUCCCAGAUGCUUUUAUAUGCCUUGGGAAGAUGGCAAUGAGUGUCAUGGGAAUGUUAUUAAAGGGGAGGGGGGUGAUCUGAGUAAGGAGCUGGGUAUGAAAGUGAACCCAGUCUGCUACAGAGUGGGGUGGGGGAAGAAAUAGUAUCUGUCAUUUUACCAUUUUGUUUCUUUACCUCUUUGUUUCCAGGUUAGUAUCAGUCACAAAAGAUGAGGAGGAAUAUAAUCAGUUUUAAAAUACAUUUUUUUAAAAGAAAUAAGGCUAAGUCACAAGGAGAUACCACAGUACCAUAUGUUCUGAGAGAAUUAAAUGUUAAGGAAAUACGGUUUUUAAUGAAAAGUAACUCUUGGGAUUUCAGAGGAAAUUAUUUUGGGACUCUGUGUUACCUGACGUAUGUAAGAUGUUUACGUAUUGCGUAUUAUUUGGUUGGGAUUUUGUCAUUUUGAAUAUCAGGUGAAUAUGUCAUCAGUAAGGUAAACAUCCCAACCUCUUUGAUUCCAAAUAAGAUGGGACAUGUUUGGCCUUGUAACAUUUGCUCAAUUUUCAUUUGGAUGAUUAGAGAGAAGGAGCCAGUUCUUUGGAGAGUGCAAGAUAAAAAGGCCACCUUUAAUAAGAAGCUGUCCGUUCUUGCAGUUUCUCUUGCAUUUUGAAUGCUGAAGAGUGAAAAAGUAACAGGAAAAAGUUUUGGGCACAAAUACAUACACAGAAUGCUUUUGUGUGUGGAAAAUGCAAAUGAAUCCAUUCUGUACAUUUGGGACAUACUGUGUAGUAUUGUGGCACAAAGCACUUUCCUCAGUUGGUAAGAAUGAGAUUCUCCCCGUUUCUUGUUAGGAGAGGCUUUCCCUUUCUUUGCACCUUGUGUUGCAAGGAUGCUUAUCGGUCUCAUCUUGAUACAACUGCAGUAUUAAGAUGCUGAUCUGAUGGGAGGUCACUGUUUCAGCCUUGCAGGUCACAGCUGUAUGGGAUGUCCUGCUGAAACUGCUUAUGCUGCACUUCUGCAAGAGAAGUGGGGCAUCCAAACGUGCACUGAUUUGGCCUCACAUCUCAGUUCACAGUGCUUUCCCUGGAAAGUGCUACCUGGAAGCAAAGAGAACCAAACUGUUCCUCUUCCUCUUGAAGGUUUUAUUGUCUGGCCACCAUCCCAGAAUUCAAGCGUCUGAGGCUUUUUGCUGGGGGUGGCACUUUAUUGUUUUUUCCUUUCCUUUGGAAGAACGCACAGCAGAAACUCCUGUGCCCUGUCUAAGCACUGCCCAAAGCCCUGCCUGUCCCAUAGGAGUCCAGUUCUUUGCCAAGAGAUAAGUGUUCCUUAAGCAAAGACAAAACUAACCAAGAAGAAAAGUGAAUUGUCUCUCUUUAUUCAACCUUUAAGCGCAGAUCCUUUUACCUGAUUGGUUGGUCACUGAAUUUCAUCCUGAGUUCAAAGUAGACUGAUGAAGAUUCCUUUUCCAUAGCUGUUCUUUGCAGGGCUGCUAUCAAGAGGACUUAAAUGCUAGGCUCAGCAAACUGCCAUUAUCUGAAAAAUGCCCACGAUCCACCCUCUGAAUUGCAGAUAAGGCCCCACGUCAUUCUCUCACGCCUUCCUUCCGGAUACCUCCACUUCAAUCCUUUCAUCUGAACUGUAUACAUUGGGAGGACUGUAGGGAGGGGAACUGCCAUUCCUUGUUGUGUAACCUAUCCGAUAAGGGGGAGGGCACCCCUUUUCAUUUCAUUUCAUUCUGUUCAAAACAUUGCAUUGCUUCGAGGGUCAUUUUUCUAUUUUAAAUACUUGCAAAAACAAAGGGGGGUGUUAGGCACCUGCGUGACUAUUUGUGAAAUAUUUGGGGGAGGGGAUACUGAUUUUAUUUUUAUGUUUGGGUGUUUUUUUUAAUUCAAACAUGUUUUGGAAGAAGAAGAAACUCACUCCAAAUAUCUGUAAUUGACAGAUUGCAGUGAGGAAUCUGGCCUACAUUUUUAUCCAUCUUUUCCCUUUUUUCCGUCUAGUUUCCUCAGGGGACAGGGGAUAAUUAUAUAAAUAUUAUGCAAAAAAUAUAUAGUUUUCUUUAGAUCAGAAACAUAUAUUUUUAAGUCAGCCAUAUGUAUUUUGUUUAAAAGAAACAAAGCUGUGAGUUACGUAACUGCAGUGGAAUGUAGUCCCGUGGCUGGCAGUGGAAAAUGAAUGUUUGGUCAGACUCUUGUCAGCUUCCUUUCUCCGAACAGCCAUCUUUGUAAUAAAGUCAGUUGUGUUAUGCAAAAAUGUUUUUUAUAUAAAUUAUGUUGAUAUGGCAGGUUGCUUAAAAUAUAAGUGUUUUACUGUGCAUAUAUUUUUAAAUGUAAAAUAGUUGAGUUUUUCCUAAUUUAGUUUCAGUUAUAAAACUGGCUGCAGUUGACUGGCUGAAAUUAUUCAGGACCUGUAGAGCACGUGGCCACGAGACAGGACUUUAUAUGAAAGCGAGGAGCCUCAGUUUGCAGAGUCACGGAUGUGCCCCCUCGCCCAUCGGCCGCCUUGCUGGUUCAGCUAAUGCUCUCGAUCAUCUGCUUGGGGAAAGGGAGGGAUUUCUUUUCAGUUAAAUCCCUCCUCCUGUUAAAAUAGUUGAACAGCUCUGUCCAAAGUUGACUGCAUCAGCCAUCUGAGAAAAGACAAGUAAACCCAGUCCAGCAAAGAUCAGCUCUUCAGUACAGAGUGCACACCUUAUUUUAUGUUACGUUGUUUUAUUUUUACCCUAUGCAGCGUUCUUCUGGAUGUAUCUGGCAUCCAAAUAAAGCAGUCCCUACACACAAGCCUACUUAUAAGUGUAGUCUAUCCUUGCUGGAUGGGAAUGAUGUUAGGUUGUAAUUUCUUACAACAGUAAGUAUACUGUUAGGAACAAAAUUAUCUUUGUAGGAAGCAAAUGAUAAUGGGAGGGAGAAAUAAUUCAAGGUUGUGCCAUGCCAGAUGGAAGACGGGGUAGUAUCCUCCUAUGUAUGUUGUUAUGCUUUGGGAUGAUUUAUUGAUUAAAAAAAUGAAAUGGACCCUGGACUAGUUUUUCAUCCAGUGCUCAAUAGUAGGAAUAUAUUCUUUUUGUUAAAUAAAUUGGCAGAUUAGUACCAAAGACAUUACAUCAUUUCCUAUGUGCAGUGAAAAAUAUCCAUUUUCAGGAGUUAAAAUUGUGCAAUUGGUUAUUUUUAUUCUAUUGCACAGGGAUCUGGUUUAAUUUUUAAAAGUUUUGUGCAAUAAGUUUUAGGAAAAUACUACUUUAAAAGGCAUUUCCAAGAGGAAAACAAAUCUAACUGUAAUUUUAGCCAUGGGCAAUUGUGAACACAGAUUUAUACAGUAACCUUGUUUUCUGGUAACAUUUGAACAGUGGUAUAAAUCUCUAAAUGAAUGUUCGUUUAGCUCUUGACCUACAGACCAACACAAGCACCCAUUAUAAUGGGGCUGCAAGCAAGUCCAUUAAAGUUCUCCAAUAAUUCCAAUUCAGUGGCCACAUUUCAAGAAAAGUGUUUUUAACGGAUCAGAAUCUGCUGACCACUGCCUAGUUCAGCAUUUUUUUCUGACCCACCAUACCUCUUGAUGAGAUUACAGCAAUUGUUGGGAUGGUUAUAGAUCUAAGAACAGACACAGCUUUGAAGAGUACAGGAAGGUGAUGACAGCUUCCAGAUGUGUCAUGGAAGUCUUUCAUGAAUAAGCUUCUGCUCAGAAGGUCACCAAACACUAUACGAGGGUCUUCUUGAUGAAGGACUCUUGGACAUCUAGCUCUACCACUAAAGAGAGGAAAUCAGUAGAACUCUCACUCCAGUCCAUGAUGCUUUUAGAAUUGCUUCAAUAUUACAGCCAAUAUAGCUGCACCCUAAUACUCUAUCCUACUUACUUUUUGGUUGUGCUUUGUAGCUGGCAAUAUUCCUAUUAACCAAAAACAAAGGAGUCCAGUCUACAGAUUCAUGUGCCCUUUAAACCCAUGGCUAAGACUACUUCUUCAGGUUUUUUUCUGCCCUUAAAUAAAUACAUAUACAGUAUUAACAUAAAUAUUGUAUAUAUAUUUAUUUAAAUCUUUUCAAAAGCAUGCAUAUAAGAAUUGUAAGUUUCCCCUUUUUCAAUAAACAGUAUAACAAGCAAUGGUAUUUUUGUAUUAAAAGAAAAAGACAAAACAAAAGACUGAAUAUUAUAUGGUAUGCAUGACAAAAUGGUUUCCAAAAAAAAAAAAAAAAAGUGUGGUUUCAAAGCAAUUAUGUACCCUGGUGUGUUUGCCAUAUUCUAGAGUCCAGCUUAAAGUGCACCUGAUCUGUAAUAGCAUUUUGAUAUUAUUUAAUCGCUAUGUACAAUGUUUUGCAUGUAUUUAUAAGGUUCUUGGGAUUUUUUUUUCUUUUUAGUUUGGGAAAGAAUAAAGAGAGGGAUGGGGUUGGAAUGAUUGACAAUGAGCUUUUCCUGUAAUAUUUGAAACUUUAAAUAUAGAUAAUGCUCUGAUUGGAAACAGUAUGAGGAAAUUAAGCUAAUCUGUAAGGUGCAACAGAAGGGGAAAGGGACAUUGUUUUGAACUAAUAAAGCUUGUUUCGCUGUUAAGCAGAAUCAAUGCACGAGUGCAUUGAGAGAAUAAACUGUGCCCACAUGUGA